AUGAUAGUAGGAAGGGGUUUCUCUAAUCGGGAUAUUCAAGAGGAGUUUCAACAUUCUGGAGAGACCAUUAGCCGUACAUUCAAGCGUGUUGUAAUGGCUAUGGGAAAAUUGGCAAAAGAAAUGAUCACACCACCAGACAUCCAGAAAAUUCAGUUAGACAUGCAAUCAAAACCAAAAUACUAUCCUUUCUUUAAGGAUUGUAUUGGAGCAAUAGAUGGUAGUCAUAUUAGUGCCAUAGUGCCUCAACAAGAUGCUACUCGCUACAGAAAUCGAAAGGGCAUUACCACACAAAACGUGAUGUGUAUAUGUUCUUUUGAUAUGCGAUUCACGUAUGUUUAUGCGGGUUGGGAGGGCAGCGCUAAUGAUUGUCGUAUAUUUGAACGUGCAAGGAGAGAUCCAACAUUACAGUUCCCACAUCCACCUGAAGGAAAAUAUUAUGUUGUAGACUCUGGGUAUGCAAGUCAAGUUGGUUACUUAACUCCAUUUCGAGGUGAGAGGUACCAUAUUCCAGACUACAAGGGAGCUGGGAGAAACCCAAAGAUCGCUAAAGAGCUCGUUCAACUACGGACAUUCCUCACUUCGGAAUGUAAUUGA